UCAAUAGGAAAACAAGACUUCAUUUUCUCAUCCUUUGGAGCCUAAUAAUGGAGCUUCAUUCUCACACUCUCCCCAUGUCCCCACAUGACUUCGAACAUUCAAUUGAUCCCUUCACUCUCUCGCCGAACAAACCGGAACCCACUUCCCCGCCGGCGGUAUUUCAGCGACGAAUGAAGGUUCUCACCGGGAUCUUUUUAUCGGUUCUUCUUUUGGCAUGUUUGAUGGCAUUGAGUAUCAACCAAGACCCAGAAAAUCAACAGUCCAUUGACAAACCUGAGCCUUACUUAAUGGCGCCGUCAAGAGGACCGAAUCAAGGAGUGUCGGAGAAAACUUUCCGGGAUGUCUCCGGCGAUGGACAAACUUUUAAUUGGACAAAUGAUAUGUUAACUUGGCAAAGAACUGCAUACCAUUUUCAGCCGGAAAAGAAUUGGAUGAAUGAUCCAGAUGGUCCACUAUUCUACAUGGGAUGGUACCAUCUUUUCUACCAAUACAACCCUGAUUCCGCAAUCUGGGGUAACAUCACAUGGGGCCAUGCUGUUUCAACGGACCUCAUCCACUGGCUCUAUCUACCAAUCGCCAUGGUCCCCGACUCUUGGUAUGACAUCAACGGCGUAUGGACAGGAUCCGCCACUCUCCUAUCCGACGGCCAAAUCAUUAUGCUCUACACCGGGGACACCGAAGAUUACCUGCAAGUCCAAAACUUGGCGUACCCCGCCAACCUAUCGGAUCCACUCCUCCUCGAUUGGGUCAAAUACUCCGAUAACCCUGUUAUGGUUCCUCCAACGGGAAUCGGCAAGAAGGAUUUCAGGGAUCCUACGACUGCUUGGCUAGCAGAUGACGGCAAGUGGCGAGUCGCCAUUGGGUCAAAGGUAAACACGACAGGAAUCACACUUGUGUAUACAACCACAAACUUCACGAGUUUCGAGCUUUUGGAUGGUGUUUUACAUGAGGUUGAGGGUACGGGAAUGUGGGAGUGUGUUGAUUUCUACCCGGUGUCGACGAUAAGUGAUAAUGGGCUUGACACAUCGGUUGAUGGCUUGAAUGUGAAGCAUGUGUUGAAGGCAAGUUUGGAUGAUGAAAAGAAGGAUUUCUAUGCUAUUGGGACGUAUGAUGUGGUGAAUAACACAUGGAUUCCAGAUGAUGAAGAGAUCGAUGUAGGGAUUGGAUUGAGGUAUGAUUGGGGGAAAUAUUAUGCGUCUAAAUCGUUUUAUGACCAAAACAAACAAAGGAGAAUACUUUGGGGAUGGAUUGGAGAAACCGACAGUGAAGCUGAUGAUAUCCUCAAGGGUUGGGCCUCAGUUCAGAGUAUUCCUAGGACAGUUGUAUUUGACAACAAAACUGGAACAAACUUGCUACAAUGGCCGGUCGAGGAAGUUGAAAGUUUGCGGUUGAACAAGACAGAGUUUAGUGGGGUUGAACUAAGUCCCGGGUCGGUUGUGCCGUUAAAUAUUACUUCUACUUCACAGUUGGAUAUCAUUGCGACAUUUGAAAUUGAGGAGACUACAUUAAAGGCUACGCUUGAAGCCGACGUUGGCUACAAUUGUAGCACGUCCGGUGCAGCUGUCCGAGGUGCCUUGGGACCAUUCGGCAUAUUGUUGUUUGCUGACAAUUCACUCGCUGAGCUUACACCGGUUUAUUUCUACAUUUCUAAGGAUGUUGAAGGAAAUUACAAGACAUUCUUCUGCACCGAUGAAUUAAGGUCAUCCAAGGCCAGUGAAGUGAACAAAAAGGUUUAUGGUAGCACGGUCACCGUUCUUGACGACGAAAAUUUAACCAUGAGAUUGUUGGUUGAUCAUUCAAUUAUCGAAGGAUUCGCGCAAGGUGGAAGGACGGUAAUAACAUCACGCGUAUAUCCAACUAACGCAAUAUAUGAAUCGGCGAGACUAUUCCUAUUCAACAAUGCCACUGGUUUGAGCGUGAAAGCAUCUUUAAAAAUUUGGGACAUGGAUUCUGCUUACAUUAGCCCAUACCCUUUUGAUCAGGAUGAGGCCAUGUAGAUGAACCCUAUUGAUGCACUAAAACAAUUAUCUUUAUUCUUCAUUUGGUUAUAAUUAAGGCUUGAUUGAUGAUAAUGAGCGGACAAGAUCUUCAUUUCUUAAAGGAGUAGAGAAUCAGAAGAAAUGUAUUAUCCAAAUUUUUGUGGAGAAUUUGAGUUUUUCAGUAAUUUGAAUGAAACAUUAAAUAAGUAUUUCUGUAAUUUGGGGAAGGUCUAGGGACAUGAAUUUGUCUACCUAAAUAAGAAUAAUAAUAAUUGCAUUGUUAUCUUAAAUUUCCAAAUGUUUUGCUUUUUU